GAAAUAUUGAACAUAUUAGAAAAAAUCAAGGAAUCCGAUGAACCGGGAGCAGCAGAGUGGGUCAAUGAUAAAUAUAAGCUGUGGAUAUUGGCUGGACUUUCAUUUACAUUUACUCAAAUGGAUGCUGAUAUUUGGAAUCAAAUGCCAAAUAAUACUAAUAUUA